AAGCCAGCUGGUGUGGAGUCUUUGGACACGAAACUGGACAAUUACAGUUGUACUCGUAAUGUCAGUUUGACUGGGCACACAUCAUGGCAGGAACACACUGUGACUGAACACUGUAGCGCAUCGCGUGCCUUGGUUGGACAACACAGUUGGCAUUUAAUACUCCUAGUUGGUCGAAACAUCACUUUCUACUGAACCAGAUUAGGCUUAAUACUUCUGACCAGGUAUCAGACCCUGACCAUCCUGAGCCGUUACCCUGUUAAGUCGUCAUGGAGGCUGGAGCCCGGGUUCAACUUCUGCACCUAGAUGUGUAUGUGGACGAGAAGACGCCUUGCGGCGGAGUCCUACAGCUCCUUGGGAGACUAAGGCCCCAGUGGAAACCAAAGGACAUCAAAAUGAAGAUGUUCACUGAGGGCAUCACCAACCAGCUGGUGGGCUGUUACGUGGGCUCGCUCCAGGAGUCGGAGAUUGUGCUGGUACGUGUGUACGGGAAGAUGACUGAGCUCUACGUGGACCGGGACAGAGAGGUAGAGAUGUUCAAGAUACUGCACGCUCACGACUGUGGCCCACAGAUCUACUGCAGCUUUCAGAAUGGCAUCUGCUACGAGUUUGUGAGGGGGACCACAUUGGAAGACUCGCUGCUCACACAACCAUCCAUCUAUAGAUUGAUUGCAAAAGAAAUGGGAAAAAUUCACUCGAUCAAGCUUGAAUCUGACAACCCGGCAGACAAUAUUUUGUGGAAGAAGAUGGCUCAAUUUCUCAAACUUGUCCAGAAUGCUCAUGGCAACACAACAGAACCACAAAGUUCCAAAAUGCUGCACAAGGUCUAUAGCAUCAAAACCCUGUCAGAUGAAAUGGAGAAGCUGGAAAGACACCUCUCUCAGAUCAACUCGCCGACUGUGCUGUGUCACAAUGAUCUCCUGACUAAAAACAUAAUCUACAACCAUAAAGAGGGCAAGGUGAGAUUCAUUGACUAUGAGUACGCUGAUUAUAACUACCAAGCCUUUGACAUAGGCAAUCACUUCAAUGAGUUUGCAGGUGUGAAUGACAUCGACUACAGCCUAUAUCCCAGUCCUGAACUCCAGAAGGACUGGCUGAGAGCUUACCUGAAGAGCUAUAAACACAGUGUGAAACUGGAGGCCAUAGUUACAGAACAAGAGGUUCAGGAUCUCUAUGUUCAAGUCUGCAAGUUUUCAUUGGCCUCCAAUUUUUUCUGGGGACUCUGGGCCAUCCUGCAAGCCAGAUACUCCUCCAUCGACUUUGACUUUGAAAGUGUGGCUUCUCCGCCCGCUCUGAGGAUCAGUGACAGGGGCCCCACCACUUUUCUAUCUGAACCCUGGAGGAAAUGCGAUCCAGCAGGAGCAGAUGGAACAGAGGCAGUAUUGUUCCAGUCUCAUUGGUCCUCUCGGUCUGUCUCUCAUCCUUGGUUCAGCUGUCUAGCCCCACUAAGCUCCAGGCACAAGUUGCCCCAAAGUACAUAGCGAGGGUCAGGUUACACCCAUAUACCCCACAUUUAAGGUUAACCAUAAAAAGGUGGAAAACAACAGAGUUAGCGCCCGCCGCUUAUGGGUAAAGCUUUUCUCUCGAGCUUCCAGCAAGGAGCCUAUGUCCUACACUGAAAGGGGGACGGUACUCAUGGUGAAGGUCUGUGGGGGGAUUUCUUUCUCUGCCCAUUUUGUCAUUGCAUUAUCCCUUUAAUAACACAUGAUUCUACUUUUUAAUAACUUUGUUAGGUUGUUUCUCACAAUUAAGGUAUUCUAUAGGGCAGGGGGAUCUGUCCCAUACCAUGUGAAAUGUAAGAAAUUGGAUAAGUAAUGUACUUCAAAACAAAUAAAUGUAAAAAUGUAUGUCACACAAAAUUUACAGUUUUAUAUAUUUCACAUGCAUCCAUGCAGCCCAAAAAUAUAUAUUUUAUGUGUAGGGUGCUCCAUGAGCAGGUUAUCUUUUAACAGCUUUUAGUCAACUUCAACCUGCCUCAAAAUUUAUGUAGGACGUAUGAGCAAAUGUACUGUGUAUAAAAGAAAGACCUGAAAUGGCUUUUGAAUUUAAACAUGAUUUUGACAUACAGCUCGGGAAAAAAUAAAGAGACCACUGCAACUU